AUGGAAUCUAUUCUAAAUUCUGUGGCCGCUGUGGCCCCUACCUUGGUAGAGGGCUCGAAUUCAGUAGCUAACGAGGCGAAUACUGCCGCCGUUGGCGAAGAUCAACCCAUUGAUGUUUCUUCAUUAGAACAGAGAACACUUACACCAGAAAGGUUUCUCUAUGUGGAAUUGGUCAAAUCAAAUCUUGGAGAAAGGGCCGCUAAGAUUAUAGACCUGCUGCUUUCCUUAGGUAGAUUAACUGUGCAUGAAAUUGCUGUAAAAGCUCCUGAUUUCAACGUGAAAAUUAUAAAGGCAACAUUAGUCUCUUUAAUUCAAUUGCGUUGCGUUAAAUAUUUAGACGAAGUGUCCUUAUCAGGGAAGAAAUCAACAUAUUACUACUAUAACGAGGAUGGGUUAAUAUUAUGUUUAUAUUCCGGUUUGAUCAUUGAGGAGCUUAAUAAUUACCUCCCUCAACGUUCAAAAACUGAUCCAGAAAGCAGUUUAUCUUUGGCUGCACAAGUCGUCCAAAAUAUAUUGACUUUAGGUUCUGUCACUUUGAGAGACUAUUUGGAGGACGUUCAACCUCCACAAUUAAAGCAUGAAUUAACUGCUACCUUUGUUACCUUAUGUGAAUCUGGCUUCUUAGUUCCACUCACUAAACUAAACUAUACUCCAAUUAAUGAUUUGUGGCAUCUUCUAUACGAAAAGGAAUACAAAACUAUACCAAGAACUUCUACCUUGUCUGAUCUGAAAAAAAGAGCAGAAGCAAAAGCAAAAGCUAAAGCAGAAUUUCAAAAAUUCUUAUCACUCCAGAAGGAUCCAAAGAAUAUGAUAACCACGGAUCCAGAAACUUCCUUGAAAACUGUUAUAAAAACAAUUCCAUUGACAGUUAACCUAGAUCGUUUCUUAAAAGUUAGGAGAACAAAGCAACUUUCUCAAUUUGCGAAAGCAAGAAUUAAUUCGUAUUCUGCUCAAGUUUAUAAAGUGGCCUUAAAGAUGACAGAACAAAAAUCCCCUGACUUGAUUGAUCCUUUAACUAAAACUGGACUAUUACAGGAAUUGGAUGAAGCACUUGGGAUUAAAGAAGAAUUAGAACUUGCAGAAGAAAAAACACCAGGUAUUACAUUCAACGCCAUGGAUGUGGCUAAAUAUUUACCAGCAUCAGUAGACCUACGUGGAACUUUAACAUCACAAACAACCAAUAAACGUUCACAAACAGAUUCAAAUACUUCAAACGGAAAGAGAUUAAAAACAGAAGAUGGAUUUGUUAUUCCUAAAUUACCUCAUAUUGCUGAGGAUCCUGAACAGGAAAACGAAGAAGAUUUUGACGAAAAUGAUAAUGACCCACAUUCUAUUGCAUUAAUUAACAGUCAUUUGAAAUUGCUCGCAUCAUCUAACACACCUUUCUUACAAGAAACAAAGCCAGGUGUUUACUACGUUCCAUACAGUAAAUUGAUUCCUAUUUUAAAAACAUCUACAUAUGAUUACAUCAUACUGUCUACGUUAGGUCCAUCUGCAAUGCGCAUACGUCGCUGUAUCUCUUCCAAUGGUCUCGUUUCAGAAAAGGUGAUUACACAAAAGGCGUUGAUGAAGGAAAAGGAUAUAAGGUCAACAAUCUCUUCAUUAGUUAAAUAUAAUGUCGUUGAAAUUCAAGAAGUUCCAAGGACUGCAGAUAGAGCUGCAGCCAGAGCUGUUUUUCUAUUUAGCACGAAUGAGAAUCAUGCUUAUGGAUUUAUGAAACAGAAUCUGGCCUGGAAUAUUGCUAAUCUAUUAUUCAAAAAGGAAAGUUUAAGAGCCGAAAACGUCACAUUAUUGACAAAAGCUAAUAGAGAUGAUGUUAAAGGUAAAGAAGAGGAGCUCUUAUUACCAAGUGAAUUGAACCAAUUGAAAAUGGUUAAUGAAAGGGAGUUGAAUAGUUUUAGUCGUAUAUCCAGAUUACUUUCAUUGUGGGAAGUGUUCAAGAUGUGUUGA